CGCGCACUACUGCAUUUAAGGGCUCUCUCUCUCUCUUAUCAGACUUGUGGGACAUAUCUAGUCCUCUAUUUGGGGAAGCAGGGCUGAGGGCUGGUGAAGUGUGGCGGACAGCGGCAGGUUGGAAUUCGCUGCGGGUGUGUGGAAGCGGGGAACCGAGAACAGUAAGAAACACCUUACAGCUCAGUGCCAGAGAGUGUAAGACGCUUUCCUAUGGCGUGUGAUUGAUCAAUUCAAUCUCAUUGGCUUUGCUUGUACAAGUGGCAGAGAGAGGGAGAGAGAGGGGAAUAUUAAUCAUGGCUGGAAAGUCUCUGCACUUGUGCGUAUUCUUGAUUUGCGCAAUUCAAACGAACACUGGAUUUAACAUUGACGUGCAGUUCCCGGUUAUCAAAGAAGGAAAAACCGAGGGCAGCUUAUUUGGAUUUUCUGUUGCAUUGCACAAACAGACCGAAAAGACAAAGACGAACUUGCUUUUAGUCGGAGCGCCCCAAGAAAAAGCCCAGCCCCAGCUCAGCAAAUUCAACAUUAAUGAAACCGGAGGCGUGUAUUACUGUCCCAUCACCAUCGACCAGCAUGACUGCAGGAGGAUGGACCUCAUCAGUCCACCGCAGUCGACAGAGAUGGUGGAGGGCAUGUGGCUGGGAGUGACCGUGGCCAGUCAGAGGAAUGGAGGACGUGUUCUGGCAUGUGGUCAUCGCUAUGUAAAGAAACUGCUGGGUGCUGAGGAGCAGCAGCGUAUGGUGGGCAAAUGUUACGUGCGGGGCAACGACCUGACCUAUGACCCGUCUGAUUACUGGCAGUCUGACACUUACGAGCUCAAGUACACUGUGGUGACGGGGGCUCCCAGAGACAAUUUCAAAGGUUCAGUGAUCCUUGCAGAAAAACAAGAUUUGGUUCUUAACCCAGUGACGAUGAUCCCAGGGGAACAAAUAGGGUCGUACUUCGGCGGCUGCUUGGCGGUGACCGACCUCAACAAUGACGACUGGAACGACCUGAUCGUUGGAGCUCCGUUCUACUUCGACCGCUACAAGGAGGAGGGAGGAGCAGUUUACAUCUUCAUGAACGAGAACGGAUCCUUCCAGGAAAAGGCCAGCUUGGUUCUGAAGGGUAAAAAAGGCUCAGGGUUUGGAUUUGCUGUUGCUGCGCUGGGGGACGUCAAUCAGGAUGGAUUUCAAGAUUUUGCUGUUGGUGCUCCGUUCCAUGACUCUGGGAAAGUCUAUAUAUGGAUGGGAAGUAAAAAUGGAAUAAAUAAAGAACCUAGCCAGGCGAUCGAGGGGAAAUCAUUAGGUCCCAGUGGCUUUCAGACGUUCGGCUACUCUCUCAGUGGAGGAAAAGCGAUCGAGGGGAAAUCAUUAGGUCCCAGUGACUUUCAGACGUUCGGCUACUCUCUCAGUGGAGGAAUGGAUAUGGAUGGAAAUGAUUAUCCUGACAUUUUGGUGGGCUCCAUGGAUGACCGCAUCGCUCUCUUGAGGGCUCGUCCGGUCAUCCACCUCUCCAAAAACUUCACAGUAGAGCCAAAGAUUGUGAUUCCAAGCCAGUGUGUUAAUUCCUGCAUAAAGGUGACGGUGUGUUUCAGUUACUCUCUCAGCAAUGGAAACAAAGCCUUCAGGAAGGCCAUCACUGUGAAGUACACAGUAGACGCUGACCAGAAUCGCCGUGGCGCUCGAGUCCGUUUUCUUAACAACAAGCAAAGCACAUUUACAAGCCAGCUGUCUUUCUCCGCUCCCGCAUGUCAAGAGCUGGAACUUACUGUUAAUAUUCCUGUGAGGGACAAACUUCAGCCCAUAGCGUUUACUCUGAACGUGUCUCUAAAUGAGCAGAAAGCAGCAGCACAGCAAACACUCCAGAGUCUGGACGAUUUCCCUGUGCUGAGCGGACAGCAGAUCCUGACCGACAAAACCGAGAUUAACUUUCAUAAGGAGUGUGGUGAUGACAACAAGUGCAGCAGUAACCUGCAGCUCAAGGCCACAUUUGCUGAUGAGAAUCACAUUCCCUUCCCUGGUCAAACGAUGGAGUUCAACAGUAACAUUAAGAAGCUGGUGAUGAUGGUGGAAGUUACUAACACGCCGGAUGCAGGCAGGCAGGCCGAGGACGCCCAUCAGGCCAUGCUGAACAUCACCAUUCCCCCCUCACUCAAAUACUCAGGAGUGCGCCCUCAGCCUGGUUUCGAUAUUGAGUGCAGCGCAAACGAAACUGUGAUUUGCGAUCUGGGAAACCCAUUUAAAAGCAAUCAGAAGGCCUCAUUCAUAAUCAUCUUUGAGACUUCUGGUAUAACGCUUUACACCGAGCAGAUUGAAUCUCAGCUUCAGCUCUCCACUAUCAGUGAGCAGAAGGAUCUGUAUCCUGUUCCUGUCACCCUCAACGUGAAGAACACAGUCCUCACUACCUUUUCCUUAGAAAAAUCAGUGAUUGACACGUUGUUCAGUGGCAGUGUGAUUGGUGAAUCUGCUAUGAACAGCACCAGUGAUGUGGGGAGUCCGCUGGAGUUUGUGUUUCGUGUACACGUGCUGGGAGAACCUCUGAGAGAUUUGGGAACUCUGAUGAUUGACUUUGAAUGGCCAUUUGAGGUAACCAAUGGGAAAUGGCUGCUGUAUCUCACAGAGAUAGUGAUCAAAGGAGCGUCAGAGUCACGUUGUGUCCCACCGGGGAAGGUUGUCAACCCUCUCAACCUCACACUGUCAGAUCGAGCUACCAAACGGUCCAAAAGAGAGUUGGAGUCAGGAUAUCCCUAUGCAGAAGCUUCUGUCACCAUCCAGGCACCUCGUAAAGUGUCCCAUUUGCUGGAGUGUUCAAAGCUGACGGCUCGCUGCAUGACCUUCUCCUGCCCGCUGCAUAACAUGUUGACUCAGGCGGAGAUCAGAGUUAAGUCUCGCAUGUGGAACAGCACCUUGCUGGAGGAUUACGCCAAUGUCCUGCGAGUGGAAGUGAAGGGCCAGGCCACGCUGAGACUGCUGACGGAUAAACCGGCCAUCAAAAUGGACAACCAGAUCAGAGAGUUUUCAGUAAACAUUGAUCCAGUGCUGGGAGAGGAGACGCCGUAUGAAGUUCCUCUCUGGAUCAUCAUUGUUGCAGCGGUUGCAGGGAUACUGUUAUUAGGCAUCAUCAGUCUCAUUCUGUGGAAGUGCGGUUUCUUCCGACGGGCCAGCAGGAGGGAGAUGUAUGAGGCCAAAUCCCAGAAAGCAGAAAUAAAGAUCCAGCCCUCUGAGACAGAGAGGCUGACGGAGGAAUACUGAGCCUAUGCUAUGGCAGCACUGUUAGGGCCCUUCGUGCGGUUUCUUCAAAAGGACCGUUUACUACAGGAUAAUGCCAAAGUACCAUGGAGUGAAAGUACGCAAAGAGGAACGC